UAGCACCUACGGAGAGCAGAGACGGGCCGGCCGUCGGGGGUGAGGGGGGGGGGGCAGAAGAUCCGGGACAUCCCCGGACCGGGCCGUAGCGCGCGGGGCGCUCCCCCUUGACAGCGGGGAGAAGGGGGGGGGGCCCCGCCGACGCUCCCAGGCCGGCACACCUGGCUCUCCGGAGCUACGGCUGCGCGCGCGUUUCCUGGAGCGCUCCUGCCCGUCGGGCCGGCCCGGAGCCCAAGCCAGCAUGGCCUUCCUGGAGCCGUGGACUUGGGUGCUGCUGCUGCUGCUGCUCGCCCUGCCGCUGCUCAGCCGAACUGCCAACUUCUACUUCAAGAUCGGCUCCUACUGCGUGUUAUGCGUGGUGUUCUCUUUCUUGGCCUGCGUGGUCUGCUUCCUGCGCCAUGGGGGCCGCACCGUGCGCAACAUGAGUAUCAUCAAGAGAUUUGUCCGAAUUUUUAAGUACUUUUAUGGCAUUCGAUUGGAGGCCCACGGUCAAGAGAAACUGCAUGAGGACAAGCCAUGUGUCAUCAUCUCCAACCACCAGAGCAUCCUGGAUAUGAUUGGUCUGAUGGAGAUCCUCCCAAGAAACUGCAUCCAAAUCGCCAAGCGGGAGCUGCUUUUCACGGGCCCUGUGGGUCUAAUCAUGUACCUUGGGGGUGUCAUCUUCAUCAACAGAAAGCGGACAAGCACAGCCAUGUCAGCAAUGGAGGAGGUUGGAAACAUUUUGGUUCAGAAGAAUCUGAAAGUGUGGAUUUAUCCCGAGGGAACACGGAAUGGAAGUUGUGACCUUUUGCCAUUUAAGAAGGGUGCCUUUUAUCUGGCUGUCCAGGCCCAGGUGCCAAUCAUUCCUGUGGUAUAUUCAUCAUUCUCUUCCUUCUACCAGCCAGAGAAGAAAAUCUUCACAUCAGGGAAGAUCAAAAUAGAAGUGCUGGAUCCAAUCAAGACAGAAGGCCUGACAGUGACUGACAUCCCAGAAUUGCUAGAGAACUGCCGUUCUGUCAUGAGAGAGGCCUUUUUCAGACUGUCUGACAAGCUGAAUGAAAAUGGGAUCAAUGGCCCAACCUUGCAGCCUGUGCAGUAGCCCUAGGCACCAUCCCCGGUCCCUCUGCCCAGGGAACCUAAACACCAGGAAGAAGUAGAGGAGAGAGUGUCGUCAAUGGGGGCAAAGGAACCCAGAACCCACACGAUCCCACCAUUAACCACAAAGAAAAUGGGGCCCUUAAUGCUCUGGUUUCCUCUCCUGGAACAGGAAGGAAGGUUACCAUAUGUGAGCUUCCUUCUCCAUCUGGGACCCCAGCCCUAUGGCCUUCCCUACCUCUGGUCUCCAAUACCCAGCACAAACAGAUGAAUGGACCUGAAACAUGCUGGGUACAAUAUUUAUUUUAGGAAGGCAGGGGUGGUUUCCAAGGAAAGACUUAUCAUAAGCCCUUCAGGCAAAGAAAUGCUGCUUCCUCUUUUUCUUUCUCUUCCUCAGUAGCUGGCUUGGCCCUGGGCACAAAGAAGCUGCUCCAUACUCAUUGAUUUGGCCAUUGAUCUGCUAGGCGUCCAAUGCUCUCUCUGAGAUUUAGGAAACUCCCAUAUUAUGUUAGGCCUCAUAGCUGGGCAACACCAGCAGUGUUAGUGUGACAAGGGCCAGGGCGGGCCUAAACUGAAGUCUUCCUAAGAACCAGAAUGCCAGGUAUCCAAGCCAACACACAUCAGUGCUGUUUCUUUGACUCAGAAUACCUCCCCUUUCCUCUCUCCUACUCUUGCUUUGGGGAUCCCAGCUCAAAUUCCCCCAGUCCUUUGGGAAUCCUUCCUACAUCAAGUCUAAGGACCUAUAGAGAUUUCUCCCUCUACAAUUCCCUACUACAGACUUCUACCUGUUAGGGAUAUAGAGAAGAACACAACCGCUCUCUGCCUUUGGAGACCUCCCAGCGUGGUGGAAGAAAAGAACUCACUACAUAAAAAGCUGAUGCCCCUCUUAGUAAGAUGGGGUCCUCUCAGUUAGGAGGCUCACAACCUGAGGGCAAGGGGCAAAGAAAGGCCAAAUCAGUAGGAAGAGGCAAAGAUGCCAUCCACUUACAGGUCUCUAGCCGUUCCUCCAGGAACAGAAUCUGCUCACUCAGGGAGUCAAUCCGGUCCAGUUGUUGAAAAGAGUGGGACAGAAAGCUGAUGUGGUCAGCAGGUAGGCCAUCCUCUGAGGCCUGUGGUGCCAGGCUGUUGAAGGGAGCCAGCAUCAGCUGCAGCUUCUAGAAGAUAAUCAGUAGAUUCAGCUCUCAAAUCAGCCAGGUUUCAUUAAGCACCUACUGUGUGCUAAGCCCUGUGCUAAGUGCUAGGAAUACAAGUACAAAGAAUAAAACAAUCCUGGUUACAAGGGAUUCAAUCACCAGGAGCUUGUAUCUAAUGGGGAAGACAAGUACAUAUAAAUAUAUAGCAUAAAGUUAAUAAAUACAUGUAUGUAUGUGCACACACACAAAGUAGUUAAAUAUAAGGUUGUUUUAGAGGGAAAGCACUAAGGAAUGAUUUCAAGUUAUUGUGGAGGAUGGGGAAAGAGAUGUCAGAAAGCUAUUUCAAGCUUUCUGGGAAAGGCCGGAUGAGGAUUCUAACAAAGCCUCCAGGCUGACCCUGUCCCAGGGAGACCAGCUCCAGGUACCAUAGGACCUGUGACUGAGCAUCUCCUGUCCCAGGAGACCUUUAGGGAGGAAGUUACUCAGUGACCUGGCCUCCUGGGCAAAGGAUGGGCCAGCUCUGGGCAGGUCUUCCUGUCCCUAGCACUUAUAAAAUGGGCUUUUUAGGGAACAAGUUUUAAUUGGUUAAGCCUUAUUCAAUCUCCCAAGCUUCCUUUGACCUCAGCUAAUAGUCAUAGGUUUUCAAAGUUCAGGAUCCAAAGAUGGUGGGUCUAAAUUCCCAGAGACUUUGCUCUCUCCUAUCCCAUCCCCAAAUGUUCAACUGUUAACAGUAAUAACACACUCUUUUUUUUCUCAUAAUAUUUCUAUAUUAAGUACACGAUCUCAUUUGCUCCUAUGAUCUUUAAGGCCUCUUCAAGAUCUAAAAUCUGACAACUCUGCAAAGGAAGUAGAUUAGGAAUUAUUUUUUUCUACUGAAAACAGGAAACAGAGGCCCAGGGACUUGCCCAGUAUUUCACAGCUAAUCAGUAGCAGAGCUGGGUCCAUUGUGUUAGCAUGGUGCUGGGCACAUGGGUUUUGGGGGGGUGUGGGAAUAUGUAUGUGUUUUGUUUCGGUUAUACCUGUGAUUUCAUGAAUUGGGGAAACCCCAAUAUGGAAAUUCCCUAUCAUAAUUCAACAACUCAUUUGUAACUUAAAGUCUUUGUGAGUCUCCUGGAGUUCACUGAUUUCCCUGGGUCACACAACCAGUAUACAUCACAGAAAUAACUAGAAUUCAGCUCUUUUUGAUUCCAAAGAUGGCUCCCCCAGGCACUUCACUGCCCUACCACUCUUGUACACAGUAGGCACUUAAUAAAUGUCAUGGUUUUCUCA